AUGGCUUACACUGACUUCUCUAAGAUCGAAACUUUGAAAGAAUUGAACAGCUUCUUGGCUGACAAAUCUUACGUUGAAGGUACUUCUGCUUCCCAAGCUGAUGUCACUGUCUACAAGGCUUUCCAACAAGCUUACCCAGAAUUUGCUAGAUGGUUCAACCACGUCGCUUCUAAGGCUGACGAAUUCGCCACUUUGCCAGCCGGCUCUGCUCCAGCUGCUGCUGAAGAAGAAGAUGACGACGAAGUCGACUUAUUCGGUUCUGAUGACGAAGUCGAUGAAGCAGCUGAACAGUUAAAGGCUCAAAGAUUGGCUGAAUACAACGCCAGAAAGGCCGCUAAACCACCAAAGCCAGCUGCUAAAUCUAUCAUCACUUUGGAUGUUAAGCCAUGGGAUGAUGAAACUGAUUUGGAAGCUAUGGUUGCUUUCGUCAAGGCCAUCGAAAUGGAAGGUUUGUCUUGGGGUGCUCACCAAUUCAUUCCAAUCGGUUUCGGUAUCAAGAAGUUGCAAAUUAACUGUGUUGUCGAAGAUGACAAGGUCUCUAUGGAUGACUUGCAACAAGCUAUUGAAGAAGAUGAAGACCACGUCCAAUCUACCGAUAUUGCUGCUAUGCAAAAAUUAUAA